GGAAACAAACCCAUUGUUGAAUAUCUGUUAGUGGUAUUCUGAAACCUGCAGACAAGAGCCUACAUUUCAUGUUUUAUAGGUUUAAAAGUAAAUUAAAACAAUGAAAUGAAAUGUUUAAUCCACCUCAAUUUUUAGUUUUAGUCUGCUGCUUAAUUUUAUCAUAUAGUGCCUAUGCUGAGGAGACAGUUAAAAAUGACUUUAAAGAGGAGCUUGAGAGUGCAACAGUUUUACUGAAUAACAAGAACGAGCAGGAGCAGUUGACUGAUGAAACAGGUGACUUGGAUGAUGGAAAACUUGAGCCACUGACAGACAAACUGAAACCACCCCUGCUUCCAUACCCAACAAGCCAUGAGGUCAUGUCCAACACUGCUGUAGAGGAUGGAUCUACUGAGGAGGCCUUGGCUCUGGACACUCAACUGACUGAGGGCAGUGAAAACACUGGAGGGCCACAGACAGAUGGAGUAGAACAGACAGACAGCAGCAGCCCACCUUUGAAACUACAGCCCCUGGUUGACAGGGAUGGCGAGCACCAGGUUGUCACAGGGACCAAACCUACUGAGGGGGUUGGCAUCAAUGGUUUGCCUAGAGCUACUCAGACGCUGGACGAAUACCUACAGGCACAAAUAUUUCACAGUGACGAAAUCACCCCAGAGCAGCAGCCAUCAGGUGCACACGACCCCCCAGCUUUGAACCAUCUCCAGGCUACAGAGAUGUUGAAGUCCAUUAGCCCUGGCACCUGGGAGGGGAUAUCCAAGCUGCCAGUGGGGGUGGGGGGUCUGGCAGUGGACGUCAUCAAAGAUCCUCUCAUCAGCACCCAAUUCAGUGGCUUGGAUGAAGAGCUGUUGGAUGCAACCAAAAAGGUAUCUGAUGAAGAGGAGUUCCCUACCUUUGACAAGUGGUCCAAACAGUACUUAGCUGAACAGGAGAAACAGAAAAUUGAGAAAAUCCAGGACAAGGUGGUGGUCAGCCAGGCCAGUGUAGUCAACCAGAAAAAACUGCGCCACAACUACGCCGCUGCCAGCUGUGGAGCCAAGGUGAUAGCCAGCAAUGCCGAGGCUGAGAACAUCAACUAUCUGCUCAACGGCAACCCUGAUGAGUACAUGCUCAACCCCUGCAAGGCUAAGAAAUGGUUUGUGGUAGAACUGUGUGAGCCCCUACAGAUACAUCGUGUGGAACUUGGAACCAUGGAACUCUUUUCAUCCCAGCCCAAAUCUUUUCGUGUCUUCUCUAGCCAGAGGUUCCCAACUAAAGAGUGGAUAACUCUGGGCAAGUUUGAUAUGACGCCUGACAGAGUUGUCCAGUCAUUCCAGAGUCAGCUCAGUGAUGAGUUUGUCAAGUUUGUCCGUGUGGAGAUGCUGGAACACCAUGGAGAGGAGCACUACUGUCCCCUGACAACAUUCAGGGUGUUUGGUAUUGACAUGGCUUCUGAUGGAGAUGAUGAACCUGAACCAGAGCCUGAAGGACCAGCCACCACUGGAGACCCUGGGGAGGAUAUGGUGGAGGAGACAGUCAACCUUUUCACUAGUGCUAAAGAGACUGUUGUCAAGCUAGUGAAGAAAGUUCUGUACAAAGGUGAUCAGGAGGGUCAGACUGAGCCAGGUGAAGGCAACCAAGAGAGUCAUGUCCCCUUGGCUAACAGUACAGAGCCUGCUGAGGAGAAACCUAUAAAGGAGGAAGCAAAGCCCUGCAUAGACAGUGAUGUUCGCCAAGGGAGUGAAUCUUCUACCCCAGGUGUGGCUGUACCAAGUGCAGGGGUGGUAACUCCUCCAUCAGUGUCUAAAGUAGUUGAAGAAAUGCCCAUCAUCACCAAACUUGGUGAGACUGACCAGCUCCCAGUGGACAGCACAGAGCUACCAGUGGUCAUCAAGCUGGAGCAGGAAGGAGAGGGGGGUCACCUGCUGCACUCCCCCCUUGUGUGUGUCCACAGCCCCUGGAGCACCUAUGUGCUGCUCAUGUCUCGCAUCAGCUACCCACCCACCUGCAGCACUGGCGCACAGAAAGUUUGGACACUGAACCAGGACAGUGCCAGAGCUACAGAGGCUAGUGUCCAGGAGAAUGUGGGUCAAGUAGACACUGGCAGCACCCCACUGGUGACGAGCAUGAGUCCAGAGUCUGCUGUAGAGAAGAGGAGUGAUGACAGCAGUGUUCCACCCUCUCAGCCUGACCCUGCCACGCUAGACACUGAGCUGUCACCCCCCCAGGUUGAGGUGGACUCGUCCCAGUCCGCAGGCUUCACGUCUGCUGGUGUGUCAGUGACCAGGUCUGAGCUGCUGGAGCCCAGCUCUGUGUCCAGCCAGUCAGGGCUGGAGAACGAUGCGGUGUCAGUGCUGACCCCUGGCCUUCACAUCCAGCAGUCCCAGGUGGUGGAGCAGGGGGCUACAGACUUGGCUGAAACCAUUUUUUUAAAGGUGUCCCCCUCCCCCACUAUGGGAUCAGACUAUUCUCAGGAAGGCUUGGGUGAAGAUUUGUUUGAAACUCCAACUGUUAUGGACCGGAGUGGUCAGCUUCCUGGUAGUGUCCAGCCAACUAGGGAGGAUGAACCUGGUCAGGGUGAUGAGGACCUGCCCCAAGGAACAUUGGACCAGAGGAGGCUUCAGGCUGAGAAUGAUUCUACUGUGAGAUCUCUGAAGCCAAUGGACCUGUUGAAAGUUGGGAUGCCCACACCAGGCAAGAGGGACAUCACAAUGAUGAAACUCAACAACAGGAUACUAGCCUUGGAGCAGAAUGUUUCCAUGACUAAAAAGUAUCUAGAAGAACUGAGUCGAGCCUUCAAACAACAAAAUGAAGAGAUGAUGAAACUGCUCAACAAGACGGAGAAGAGGCUAAAUGUCUACAUUAGCCAGGCAGAGGAAAAGGAGCUGCGACAUGAAGCCCAUGUGGAUCUACUGGAACAAAAGGUGCUCAACUUGACAGAGUAUUUAGAUGAUCUACAGCUACAGAUGGAUGCCAUGGCCAAGAAGCUUUAUGAUGGUCAGUUCCUCCUGGCCUUCCUGCAAGCUGUGCUCUUUGUCUGGCUGGUCAUCAGCAGCUACCGUGGCCGCAGCAAGCAUGGGCUCUCCUACAGUGACCACCAGUUUCUCCUGGACACCAUGCCCAAACAGCCCGUCCUGGAGACCUCCACACGCAAGAGGAGGAAGUCUGAUGUGGGCGUCCAGCAGGACACUGGCCAACAGAAGGCCAUGAAAAGACAGAGUAGUGAUACAAACCUAGCUUGUAGUUCAAAAGUUGAUGUUAGCUCCGACAAAACUAGUCUAUUACUAUCUGACUUACCCCAGAUCAGUAAAAAAAAGAAAAGGAAAAAGUUGAAGCAUGAAGUGGAUCCAACAAAGCCAGUACUGUCUACAGGAGUCAAGUGUCCAACAGCUGAGCCAGCGUCCAGUUUUGUGUCUGCCGCAGGGGUUUUAUUUGGUGUGAGUGAUGGGAUGGAGUCCAGCGGUGGUCAGGCUAGAGCUACAGCUGCUUUAACAUCCAAGACAGGAGAGCUCCACAGGGCGGGGCCACACAACACAGGAGAGCUCCACAGGGCGGGGCCACAGAACACAGGAGAGCUCCACAGGACGGGGCCACAGAACACAGGAGAGCUCCACAGGGCGGGGCCACAGAACACAGGAGAGCUCCACAGGGCGGGGCCACAGAAGACAGACAAGUCAUCGUGUGAAAAUGUGUACAGCUCCUCUGACUUGGGUGCUGACAGUGACUCUGAUGUCUGUGCUGAGGAUGCUGGACCCAGCCUGCCACACAACGGAGACACUCAGAUCUGCGCAGGUCAGAGUCCAGAAUUCAAACUCCCCUCCUACCACAAGCACAAACUUGGGAGAGCCAGCGCUGUCUUUCAGUCCAAACCUGAGCUCAGGAACACCAGGCACCUGAGCUUUGAGGAUCCACACCUCAGGCCUAACCCAGGACAGGACUACUUUCUGGCUGAGAACUAUCUGCAGGAAAACCGCUUCAAGUUCCCAGCAUCCCCAGCCAAAGAGAGCAGCAGCUCUGAGUGUGUGUCCUGUGAUCCAGGCCAGGCACAGUGUUGUCCCAGGUGCAGCAACCUAGUGCUUGCUGUCCAGCCAGCGUACAUUGAUGUGUCAGCCUGUCCUCACCUGGCCAGUCAACACCAUGCUGAGCACUACCCAGCCAGCUGGUGGUACACCUCCCAUCUACCCCCAUCACCUGCCCUGGUGCACCAGACACACCUGCCCUAUGGGGCAUUGGCCCGUCCUAAGUCCUCCUCCAUUCUGCCAUCCUUUAUCCCCAUAGAACACUGCAGUACCCAGAAGUCUUUCAUGGCCCCGCCGCCCAGACCACAGCCUCAUUCUGGCACCUCCAGGAUUCUCUCUAGGACAAAACUUAAGAAAGAUGGCCAGCCUGUGUCUAGUGGCCAGCCUGUGUCCAGUGGCCAGCCUGUGUCUAGUGGCCAGCCUGUGUCAGUUGGCCAUCCUGCGCCUGUAGCUGCCUGUAAUGUGCAGCAGACAGGAUCCUCCAAGGGAUUGACUGCUGGCCUAGACUCUACCCACCUCAGCAAUGGGGGCCAGAAGAAGAAUGUUCACCAAACACACAAGCGCAAAAGUUCCUUCCCAACAGAGGUCCAGAGCAAGAGUGUGGACAGUCAGCGUAGACAGUCCUCGCUGGAUGAGCCAGAUCUGGCCGGCAAGCCUCCCUUGAGCAGAAAGCCAACGCCCCCCACCUUGUUGACCAAAAAAGGUUCCUCCAGUAGGACCAGUUCAGCCAACGACAUUGCUAGCAAUCAGGUGCUUGGGAAAAAGGGAAAUAAAUCGUAACCUUUAAAGUCAAGCAGUGAAUAAGAAGCCCCCAGACCCCUCCCUUGUUAAAAAAAAUAGAAACAACAAACAAAAAAACCCACAGAAGUCUAUUGAAUCCACUAGACAAUGAAACUUAAUACAAGUUGUAAUCUAAGAUGGUCACUCAGCCUAGUACAACCUACCCAUUCAUUGACUUGUACUGAUCUAUCUGAGCAAAACUUCCCACUUGUAGAACAUAUUUAUGGUUUCCUAACAACACUAGAAAUAUGCUAGAAAAGUGUGUCCAUUGCUUGCUCCUUAUUUUGAUACUGAACUCCAACACAGUGGGUUUAAUUUGAUUUUUUUAAAUUAAAAAUUGUACAAUUUAAAGUUUGCCAGUAACCUGAUUUUUCUUGUGUGGUGAUUUUUAAUGCCUUCAGGUCUACUUGCUAUUAUGAACUUUUCUAGGAAUUUAAGUUGUUUCUUAACUUUAUUUACAAUAAAACUAUAAAUAUCUACAUUAAGUGAUUAAGCUAUUUUAUUUCCUAAUUGUGAUUGAAUUAUUGUAAAUUGUUUAGGAAAGUACCUCUCAGUGAGCUUUGGGGGCAGAUGAGGUAGGACAGUAUAUAAUUACAUUGUUGAAUAGAGGGGACAAUUGUGUUGACCAACUGACCAAUAGCAGAUCUAUUGUUGCUUAUGUUUUAACUCCACAGAUUCCAGACUUUUUUUUUCUAUUUACAACGUAAAGAAUAGUGUGGAGCCAGAAUUGUGACAAGUCUUUUAUCUACUGUUGUUGAAAUGUUUGCCUAAUCAUUAUUACUGUGACACAUACAGCUGACCCUAUGUAAUGCUUGCAAGAUCUGGUGUUGUGUGUGUAUGUAUAGGUGUCUGAUGUGUGCAAGAUUUGGUUUUGUGUGUGUCUGUAUAGUUGUCUGAUGUGUUUGUACAUUUGUCUGAUGGGAAAGAUGCAAUGAGAUUAAGUUUUAUGAAUGAUGGAUUGAGAGUUAGUUUUAUGUAUGAUGCAUUGUCAUUGACAGCAAGUUUUAUGAAUGAUGAAUUUAGAGCAAGUAUUAUAAAUGAUGCAUGGGAAGUAAGUUUUAUGAAUGAUGGUUUGAAAGAGAGCUAUUUAUUUAUGUGUUUGAACACAUUCACCACGUGUUUGCAUUUAUAAAACAAAUCCAGCAUUAUCUCAUGCCCGAAGGCCUUGUUUGACUGAAAGAUGCUCCACUUGUUCUCUAUGUGUAUACCAUGUAUACAGUUUUUAAUUCAAGACAACUGUUGACUUAACAUGUAUUUCUGCUCUGACCAAAGCCACACUUGAUGUAUAUACAAGCUUGUUUGCUUAUUGAACCCAUCCAGUCCAUUUGGUUUUGCUUGUUGACAACACGGAGUGUGUGACAUCACUUGGGCCACACAAUUACAUUACAUUUCUUCUAGCACUGUGGGUUUUAAUUAGGUUUUUCUUCCCCAUUAUUAACAGACAAAGGUAGACAUUAGCUCACAAUUCAAUGCUUAUCAAAUAUUGUGUUCACUUUUUUUCUUUGUCAGCAUGUUCAUUUUUCUUCAAACACAGGUUUAGGUAUAAACAUUUGUAAAAAAAAGUCAUUCUUCGAAGGAGAAUUUCAUGUAAUCUGACAAUACACUGACAUGGAUGAAGACAAAUAGUAUUUUUAUCCUGGAAGGUCUCGCAUAAUAAAAGAAAGUUAUUCACAUCACUGGCAGUGCAAUGAAAUGGUAGCCUUGAAAUAGUUUUCUAGCUCAUGUAUCCUGGACAGUGCUCACCCUGUUUUAUAAUUCUAUUAAUUUAUUUCUCAUUCAAGGGAUAGAUGGUACACAUUUUUAACUUUACCCAAGGCAUUAGAUUACAUUAGAUAACUCAUUGUUUUAAACUUUGGCAUUAGAUUGAUUUAGAUAACUCAUUGUUUUAAACUUUGGCAUUAGAUUGAAUUAGAUAAUUCAAAGUUUGGGCUGGGUCACAGGUCAGACUACUGCUAUAUUAAAUCCAAGCCAUCAAAUGAUUGAGUUGCUGCUCUUUGUAUUCUCGGGAAAUCCUAGUCCAGUAUUGUUCCAUUUAUUGAAGUAACUUAGCCAGAUCAGCCAGAUAUCUGUCCAUCCCUCACCUGGUCAUGUGACCAGAUGUUGCAGAUGUUAUCUGUGAUUGUGUAAAUGUAAAGUGUGUACAAAGAUGGUGGUGAGAGAUGAUGUGAUUCUGUAUGGAUCACAUCCAUGUGAUCUAGGUACCAAGCAACAGUAUUGUGCAUUAAGAAAAUUAAACUCAAACUUCAUCUCAAA